AUGGACGUAACCAGUGCCAGUCUUUGCAAAAGACUCUUGUUCAUUAUUCAACAUAUUCUCCUUUUGCCUCUUUUAACUACUGCAGAUGGAGUGGAAAAUCUAACUAUUAGACAGAUACCCAAAGCAAUCAAUAUUUCAGAGGGAGAUACUGCCACACUGAAGUGCUCAUGGACUAUUAACCAGAGUGAGAGUGUUAGAGUGGAUUGGCUACAGAACAGUGACACUAUUUUCACGAAACCUGCCAAAGGACAAUAUAAAUUUGACAGAAGGGAGUACAUUAUCGAAGAAAACUUCUCAAUGCUGAUCAUUUCUAAAGCUGUUCUAAAUGACUCAGGAUUGUACCACUGCAAAGUGUUCGUGGAGAUACCAGCACCAAUCCGUCGAGCUAGUGGAGAAGGAACAUUACUAAUAGUGUUUGCAUCCCAAGUUAAGAACUAUCUGAUUAUUUGGCUUCUGGCAUCAAUCAGUCCCAUAAUGCUGAUAGUGAUUGUAGUUGCAUGCUGCUGCUUCAGAAAGGUGAAGAACAGAAGACAGAAUGGAAACCUAUCUAAUUUAAGGAGGAGUUCCCAAUUAUAUGUAAACAACAUAGAACUAAGCCAGGCUUGUCAGAAAAUGGAGGCUAAAUCAGCUAACAUCUACAAAAAUGCUUUGAAUGUACAGCAGAAGAAACAUCAAUCAGCGAACAAGGUCAUAGAAGAGAAAUCCUCAAAUGAAUUAUAUCAGAAUAUAAAAACUCAAUAAUAUAUGCAGAUGUAAAUAAUCAUAACUUAUGGAUGUAAUUCAGUGAUGUGUGUUAUGUAUUUUCUAAUCUGAUUAUAUUGUAGUUAGAUAGCACAGACACCAGUGUUACCUCACCGGGCCAGACCUCCGGCCACUAGCCCAAGCAUCACUCCUGACCCAAGGAGGCAAACUUUAUCCAACCCAGGAACAGUGGCUUCAACCUUGGAGCACUGGGCUCCUGAGAGCUACAGAUAAUAUUCAGGCUUGAGAUAAUAAGUGGCAAACGUCACCCAUGGCAUACAAGUACCAGUCUGUGACCAGCUCUAACACAAAUGAAUCUGCACCCUGGGAUCUUUCAGCAUCCUAGAGCUUGCAAACAACUAGAACCUAACUGUACCAGCCAUAUAAAUAUUAUAACUACAAGAACAAGUCAGAGGCUGAAGAGUUCUGUGGUAAACAACCUAACCACAGACUUCCCAUGAAAUAAUCUACAUUUGAUUGGAUGAAUGCAGCUCUCACAUGAAAGAAACCCAAUAUCCAGAACAGAACAGCCUAUCUGCCAACUAGAACAUUCAAUCCCUCCAGAACCAGUGUACCAUGUCGAUAGUAUGUUCCAUGUACAAGAUGCAUCAUGGGAACUCAUCAAGACUUGUUUGACAACUCCUGUCAUGCCUACAACUUCUAGAAAACCAAAAGGCAGCAAGUACUUGGGAAUACCAACACCACUAAUUGCCGUCAAGUCAAAAUCUUAAAACUGUGGGAGUGAUUUCACCACAUGGACUGAAGCAGUUCAAGAAGUUGGCUCAUAGCCACCUUCUCAAGGAUGGGAAAUUCUGCCCUUUCAGCAACGGUCAAAAUUCUAGCAUUUUGUUUUGUGUGUCAUUCAGGAAAGACAAGCAUAGGUUCACUAGAAGAGUGAAAGCAGAUUGCUGCUGAAUGGUGAGUAUGGUUUUGGCAUUUAAGCAAUAGGA